UACGGGUGGCAAGGGUUUUAAAAUGAUUAUCUCGAAUUAUAUUUGUUCGAUCCUCCAACGUGAUAAGAUCGUAGUUCCACCAGUGAUUUGUCAGGAUAGAAAGGAAAUGAAGCCAAUUUUAAUAGUGUGGGCUUUAUCGGCGAUAUACAUUGCAGAUGCAGUUUCGUCAACGGAACGCCAUGGCCAGGAUCCAUUUAACGAUGAUUUUCUGCGCAGAGUAUUGGCCCGAGCACGCAGUUGGAAGCCCGACAUAAAUUUUGCAUCAAACGUGCAGUACCACACAUUCCGUUCAUUGAAGGGAAUCGGUCAAAGCAGGACCGGAUUCAAGGUACCGGUGAAACACUACGAGUACGUCUACGACAUUGAAAUCCCAGACUCGUUUGAUGCGCGCGAACACUGGCCCAACUGUGACUCGCUUCGUGAAAUCCGUAAUCAGGGAACGUGUGGUUCAUGCUGGGCGGUGGCAGCCGCGAGCGUCAUGUCUGACCGUGUCUGCAUCCAUUCGAACGGAACGAUUAAUGUCGCUCUGGCUGCCGAAGAUUUGAUGGGCUGUUGCGUCGACUGCGGUAACGGCUGCAAUGGUGGAUUUCUCGACGGAACCAGCUUCCAGUACUGGGUUGAUGCUGGGCUCGUGAGCGGUGGGGCGUACAACUCGACGGAUGGUUGCAAGCCGUACCCGUUCAAGCCAUGCGAGUAUCCUUUUAACCAAUGCCACCCGGAACAGUCGCCCAAGUGUUCACACCAUUGCCAGGAUGGAGCCGAUCGGCGAUACUCAAAGGACAAACUGUAUGGGCAGGUGGCGUACGGGGUGCCUCGAGAUGAACGAAUGAUUCGGUACGAGAUCAUGACCAACGGUCCUGUGGAAGCUGGGUUCGAUGUGUACGAGGAUGUCCUGCUGUACAAGUCCGGUGUCUAUCGACAUGUGUACGGGGAGCAGAUCGGAAAGCAUGCGGUACGAAUCAUUGGCUGGGGUAGAGAGGGAGGUUAUCCUUAUUGGCUCAUUACGAACUCGUACGGAGAAGAUUGGGGUGACCAUGGGUAUUUCAAGUUUAUCCGGGGAUCCAAUCAUUUGGGAAUCGAAUCGAAUGUUAUAGCAGGGCUUCCAAAAGUGUAAGCAGCAAUGGAAUUUUAAAUUUAUUUAAAAAAGAGAAACGUUUUAAUAAAGGUUCUACCAUUUUCCAAA